AUGCGUAGGGUGAUUGUUGUUGAUGGAACUUUUCUGAAAAAUAAAUACAAAGGAGUGCUACUUGUUGCUACAACUGUAGAUGGUAACACCAAUUUGUAUCCGAUUGCUUUUGGAGUUGUUGAUUCAGAGACUGGGGAUUCAUGGGAGUGGUUCUUAAGACAAUUGAAAGUGGUUAUUGCUGAUAGUAAAGAUUUAGCUUUUGUAUCAGAUAGGGCUGCGUCAAUAGCUAAAGCGCUUGGGAAUGUUUACCCUCGUUCAAGACAUGGAAUUUGCAUUCACCACUUGUUGACCAAUGUGGUAAAAAAUUUCAAGACAAAGGGGUUGUCCUCCUUGGUCGAGAAGGCUUCGCAGGCAUAUAGGUUCCCUGAAUUUCAAGAACGUUUCACCGAAAUUGUUGAAAUGUGUCCUGCGCUUGGAAGAUAUCUACAGGAGGCUGAUGUGAGAAAAUGGGCUCGUUCUAUCUUCCCUGGAGCCAGGUAUGACAUUAGGACCAAUAACCCUGCAGAGUCCAUAAAUUCAGUUCGGAGAUCACCUAGACAAUAUCGAGUUAUUCCUUUGCUGGAUAGUAUAAGAGAAAUGUUGACCCGAUGGUUUUAUGAGCGUCGCAUGUUAAGCUCGAAGCAUAUUGAUCCUUUAACUGUUAAGGUGGAGAAAAAGAUUGAUAGGAGAAUUGUGAAGGCAAAAGGGUUUCAGGUUUACAAGGUUGACAACUACAGAUCACUUGUUAAAGGAGACAAAUAUGAUUGUCAUGUUGAUUUGGAAAGAAGAACAUGCACAUGUAUGGAAGUACAUAGAUUUACUGAUGGCGUCUACACCACUGCAACAUGGAGAACUGCCAAUGUUGAAUCCAUUAAUCCAAUAGCAGUUCCAGAAGUUGAUUGGAAUGUCCCAGCUGAGGUUAAGCUUGCGAAGGUCCUACCACCAGAGGCAAGAAAGAGUUUCGGUAGACCAGUAAAGAGAAGGUAUGAAACAGUAGAAGACAAGAUCAGAUCUUCUCAAGGAUAA